AUGUCGCACAAUCAGCAGCCCAUGAGCAUCGAGGCCAUGCUCGACAUGGAGCGUAAGGAAGUCCUCGCUCUACUAGAGAACAGGGCUCGGCCCAACCCGAACCCGAACGCCUCCCCAGAGCGGAUGCGGUCCGCAUCGCCAUAUACAACUCCACGAUCGCCCGUCCGAAGCAUGUUGGACAUUGGCAACGACCCAGCCCCAAGCUCGCCUCGAAGAGCUCCAAUCAGAAGCAUGCUUGAUACCAGCUCCCCGCCUCCGUCGAAUGCGAGAAGCAUGUUGGACCCAGAAUCGCCCCCGGCAGGCCCUUCAAAACUCCCUGGCACCAGCACGACGCCCAAUUCCCCCGUUGCCCACCAUGCUGAGUUGGCCAAAGCUCAAGGCCCCGGCAGUGCUUUGCACAUGCGGAGCUUUUCUGAUGCGGCCACAAAGCCCGUCGACUUUGGUCCUCGAGCAUCGGUUGGACGUAAUGACCCUACCUCUGAUUACCAGUUCUCUGGCAUUCUCUCCCCAACCACUAGCCAGCUGCCCAAGAGAAACACCCAGGGUGGCAAGAGGCAAUCUGCUGGUGCCAUCGCCGAGGCUCUGAGGGGAGGCGACUUGAGUGCCCUCCAGAUCCCUGGCGACCGUGGCCGUCACCAGUCCUUUGGCGGUCGUCUUGGUGGCAACAAAUCCAAGUCUCCAAAUAACAGCCAACGAAUCUCUUCCCGCUCGAGGUCUCCCGCCUCUUUCUCGCCCAAGGUAAUCCCUGGCACGGCGAUCCUCGAUGAUGGCCAAGUGCUCGACAUCAGUAACGCAUAUCGCCGGCUUUCCGAUGCCAACCUUGCCUUUUCUGGAGGAACCCUGUCACAGCUGCCAGGACGUAAGCAAAGCGACUCGCGCAACAAGGGCAGAUUGAUCAAGGACUACAUGGGCCCUGAUGGUGAACACCUUGGAUCCAGUGAAGACGAUGAGCCAUUUUCCUCGGACGAUGAGGAUCGCGGGCGUAAAAAGGACCCGCGGUCCUUGAACCCCGAUGCCAAGGCUGAUGGCGAUGACGAGACUGUAGACAAUGAGCCUCGGUCGUCGUCAAACAAGCGCACUAGGAAGACGAUGAGUCUCCUUGCCGCUGCAGAGGAAGAGCGAACUGAAGUCGCAUCACAGCAACCCAAAUAUGUGUAUCGAUCCCUUCUCUCAGAGCCUGAAAUCAAGGUAACCAAUCCUUCCGGCGACAACGUUAAGCCGUCAAAGAAUUCUGUGCAUCCCAAUACCAGCUACGACCAAGAGCCGGGCUCGGCAACGGCAUCCAUGAUUGGCUCGGACGAGGAGGCCGACAUGGACGACAUCAAGAGAGCUCAGAAGCUUUCAUUCUCCAUGACCAACGUCAUCGCCAACCCCGAGGCUCACCGUGCCAUCCGCAUAAUCUACCGCGGAGAGUAUGCCAAGAUUGCCCAGGCGGCUGAAGACGAACAUCACCGACUCCGAAAGUACCUAGUUGCGACAGAUCUCAGCGAAGAGUCGACUCACGCACUUGAGUGGGCUAUUGGCACUGUGCUGAGAGACGGAGACACGCUGCUCGCGAUUUAUUGCGUCGACGAGGAAACUGGCAUCGCUGGAGCUGACUGUCCCGUGGUGCCAGAUGACCCCAAGGCAAUGAGGGAGCAGGCCGCAGCCCUCAACAGCGUCGCAAACUCCAAGAGCCAACCACAAACCAUGACUGCAGUCCCGGAUUUCGUACGCGCAUCCGCCAUGCACUUGCGGGGAGACUCUAGGGCCAGUACCCCCAACACUUCGCCUGCGCCGUCGAGUCGUGGAGACCGCAACGGAGCUGCCGAGGACCGUCGCCGAGCAGUCAAGGACAUCACCGACCGAGUUCUGCGCCUCCUCAGGAAGACGCAUCUACAAGUCCGCGUCAUUGUAGAAGUGCUGCACUGCAAAAAUCCCAAACAUUUGAUUACAGAGGUCAUUGAUCUGGUCAGCCCCACUUUGGUUGUUAUUGGAAGCCGAGGCCGAAGUGCAUUGAAGGGUGUUAUUCUUGGAUCUUUCUCAAACUACUUGGUUACCAAAAGCUCAGUCCCCGUCAUGGUGGCGAGGAAGAGGCUACGGAAGCAAGGCAAGUACAAGAGGGCCGAUGUGAAGCAGGUGAACAACUUGAGCAACCCGACGGCCAAGAGCCUGGCCAACGCCAAAAUCGACUGA